UGGCGUUGGGGUCCAAUUUCAACGCUGGGGAGAGCUGGUGCCAUGGCGGGCUACUAUGUUGUUGGGGUUCAUUUUCCAACGAUUGUAGUCUUGCAGAGGUUAUGCCUAGGUGCCGUGUGCAGUAGGGUGCUGCCUUGCCCAACACCAUCCCCUGCAUGUGUUCCUCCGUGGACCUCGUCAGAUAGUGCGAGGGGCAUGGGAUGGUACAACAGUUGCAUCAAGGAUGAUAAACCAACAUGUGGUGUGCGUGCAAAGGAGCUAGGCGUGCAGGGGCAUGGGAUGCUGGUGACAGUGGACAAAAGCCCCUACAUCGGCAUGAGCGACCUGGACGUCUCCGCGGGCUUCUGCAAGCUGCCGGUCUACGGGUAGCUCGUGGAGGUAGUCAAGGUGUACGUUGACAUGCCAACGCCGCUCAGAGUAACU